UAUUCCUUCCUGGAGGUUUUAUCACCCACACCACAUAGAUGGAGCAUAAAAAGAAUGUGACUGAAUUCAUUUUAAUAGGUCUUACACAGAACCCCCAAAUGCAGAAAGUCAUGUUUGUAGUAUUUUUGGUUCUGUACAUGGUAACACUUUCAGGCAAUCUGCUCAUUGUGGUUACCAUUACCACCAGCCAGGCUCUGAGCUCCCCCAUGUACUUCUUCCUGAGCCACCUUUCUUUGAUAGACACAGUUUAUUCUUCUUCUUCAGCUCCUAAGUUGAUUGUGGAUUCCCUUCAUGAGAAGAAAAUCAUCUCCUUUAGUGGGUGUAUGGCUCAAGCCUAUGCAGAACACAUUUUUGGCGCUACUGAGAUCAUCCUGCUGACAGUGAUGGCCUAUGACCGCUAUGUGGCCAUCUGCAAACCUCUGCACUACACAGCCAUUAUGAGCCACAGCCUGUGCAUUCUCCUCGUGGCAGUGGCCUGGAUGGGAGGAUUUCUCCAUGCGACUAUUCAGAUUCUCUUUACAGUAUGGCUGCCCUUCUGUGGCCCCAAUGUCAUAGACCACUUCAUGUGUGACUUGUACCCUUUGUUAAAACUUGUCUGCAUGGACACUCAUACCCUUGGUCUCUUUGUUGCUUUCAACAGUGGGUUCAUCUGCUUAUUAAACUUCCUUCUCUUGGUGGUAUCCUAUGCGAUCAUCUUGAGAUCUUUAAAGAACUAUAGCUUGGAGGGGAGGCGUAAAGCCCUCUCCACCUGUGUCUCUCACGUCACAGUAGUUGUCUUAUUCUUUGUGCCCUGUAUAUUUGUGUAUCUGCGCCCGGUGACCACUCUGCCCAUUGAUAAAGCUGUUGCAGUAUUUUAUACUAUGGUGGUCCCAAUGUUAAAUCCUUUGAUCUACACACUCAGAAAUGCUGAGGUAAAGAGUGCAAUAAAGAAGCUUUGGAGAAAAAAAUGAUUUCAGGUAAUGAUUAAUAAGACUGUUGAGCACUCAGCAUAGAGGUAAUAGGUAUCUAAACUUCUUGAUUUGUAGAUGAAUAUAUUGACUCUAACAAGGGUUUGGCUAAUGUUGCAGACAGUCACUAAAGCAUAAAGUGAAAGUUUGGACUCUAAGCUUACUGUUCUCUUAUUCCAUACUCUUGUCAUCCCCUGGAAUCAAUAUGUAUUCAUCAAUUGCUUGGAAAUUUGAAACAUCUCUAGAUGCUAAAAAGUAUAAAUGUAGAAUAUUAGAUUGAUGUUGAAACAAUCUCAUGAUAUAAUGAGCUGUUGGUUACUGCUGAUUAUUGAAAUUUACAUGUUUAAUAAUAUUUCUUUACUUUGGACUCUGGCUUAAUAUAUACACACUUUCUUUUGUAAAUUUUCUUGGUCACUAUGUAUUGGUCGUAUUGUAAAAAGAUGCACUGUUCAUCGAAUGCCUGCAAGGCUGCAUUGUAUUUUUUCCAUACUGUAUCAGUUAGGGAUCAAACAGCUUCCCUGAUUUGAGCAGUGAAAAUUUAUAUAAAAUUAUUAAUUAUGUUGAGAUAUUAACUAUAAGGAAGUAAAGAAUGCCCUGUGACUGAGAGACGAGUAGCUAAGAAAGGAACACAUUCAGGGCUGGGUGCUGUGGCUCAUGCCUGUAAUCCCAGCACUUUGGGAGAAUGAGGUGAGUGGAUCACAAGGUCGGGAGAUCGAGAGCAUCCUGGCCAACAUGGUAAAACCUUGUCUCUACUAAAAAUACAAAAAUUAGCUGGGCAUGGUGGCACGUGCCGGUAAUCCCAGCUACUCGGGAGGCUGAGGCAGGAGAAUCACUUGAACCAGGGAGUUGGAGUUUGCAGUGAGCUGAGAUGGUGCCACUGCACUCCAGUCUGGCAUCUGAAAAAAAGAAAAAGGAACACAUUUGGGAGCUGGGAUCCCUUCCUAAGGCUGAGAUUCCUAUAAUUUGGAGAAAGCGUAGUUGUUGCCAAUUGGAUGUUGGAGAAGUUCACUGGGUAGUCUUGGGCCAGAACUAGUUCAUGGUAGCUGGACAGAAGCUGACACAAAAGGAAGUUGUCUGGGACUGGCCAGCUGGGAGCCUCCCACUGGGAUGCUGGUGGGCUGAGGCUGGUAAAUGAGGAACUGUAGCCUGGACCUGCAAGCAGGAAACAACCCUCUGGGGUGUAGGUGGACCAAGAAUACCCUAUCACAGAUAGGCAGUUUUGGAAACUGAUUGCUGGGGUAUCUACGUGAUUCAUUGGAAUCUCCCUGCAGAGGUACCAGUGAAACUCGAUGAGAAAUUGUCCAUGAAGUUGUCAGUGAAACUCAAUGGAAGUGAGCACCUCUGAAUGUCUCUCCCUCCUCCUGCCCUACCCAGCCAAACACACAUGCUACUGGAAGCUACAUAGAGCAAGAUGAAAACAGAAACAUUUAAAUCAGGAAGACAUGCCCCUUUUGAUUCCCUAUACUGACAAAACUUAACAUCAAAGCAGACUAUGUGCAGAGAAUAAAUUCUUACAGGGCUUAUUCAUUAUGGAGCAGUCAAUGAAGGUUGUUUUUGGAGCUGAGAGGGAAUACAUUGAUAACUAGCACUCAAAUUUUAUCCUUAAUUCUUAUAAUACAUUUUACAGGAUAUUGAAGUGCAUAUAUGUUGCACGAUUUGACCAGACCUCGUUAGUGGCAGAAUGAGGUAUUAAUUGAGAUAUGGCUCCUUAUUCUAUGUACUUUGUUGGCAGUAGGUAGCUGCAACUAGCUUUUUUUAUUGUAAAGUCUAAAAAUAAACACAAUUUAUUAAAUGAUUCUGUAUAAACUAAUGUUAUAAUUUCAUUUAAUUUUACUGUUAUGCACUGGAAUCUGAUUAAUCCUUUCACUAAAGAUAGAGGAUGAACAAUCACUCAGAAGUGGUUUUAUAGAAAAAAAUUUUAACAUUGUUAUUUAAACAUUUUUUUUUUUUUUGAGACAGAGUCUUACUCUGUCACCCAGGCUGGAGUGCAAUGGCACAAUUUCAGCUCACUGCAACCUCCGCCUCAUGGGUUCAAGCGAUUCUCCUGCCUCAGCCUCUUCAGUAGCUGGAACUGCAGGAGUGUACCACUAUGCCUGGAUAAUUUUUAUAUUUUUAGUAGAGAUGGGUUUUUGCCAUGUUUGCCAUGCUGGUCUCAAACUCCUGACCUCAAGUCAUCUGUCUGCCUUGGCCUCCCAAAGUACUUGGAUUACAGGUGUGAGCCACCGCACCUGGCGUAUUUAAACUUUUAAGUAAAUUUUCAUGAUUUGGCAAUUGUACCCCUCUUCAAAGCAUGAAAGAUCUAGUUUCUGCUCCUUUAUCAAAAGGCAUAUGAUGGAUCCUUAGGCAUUAGACUUUGGCACCAGAAUGUAGAAAGGUAAAGUUAUGAGAAAAUCUGAGAUACGUAGCAUCCAAGGACAAAACCAGAAUGAUAUCCAAAGGAUAUCAAUUAAAUUGGAAUUUUAAUCUGGCUGAAAGGCAAAAUCACACAUAAGUCACCAAGACAGUUACCUGCCUUGAGCUACCCAAGAAAGUUUAGAUGGUGGAUGGAAGAUGGAUCCAGGAGAGAUCCCUGGGACACAACUCUAGAGUGUCUUUUGACUCGUUCUAGAUUAGUGAAGAAAUUAAUAAAGAUGAACAGACAGUUUGAAUAGAAAGGUUGUCAGUAGAGAUGAUCAUUAGGUAAACAACCUUAGUAAAGAUGACUUACAUGCAUAGUGCACUUCAUCGUUUAUGUGAGUUUAACUUUUUUCCAGGCAUUUCUAUUUCCUUCUGUUUGUUACUCAUGGAAUUAAAAAGAUUAAAAGCCGU